UAUUUGGGAGAAAUCAAGCGAGCAUGUGAAGUGGCAUUAUAGAGUCCGCGUCCGGCCUUCAGCAGCCUCAGCUCUAGUAGAUUCUCGACAGACCGUUGGAUGGCAAAGCAACGUAGCAGAUGAUGCUAAAGUUACAUUGUGACUUACUGAACCAACAUUACUGAAUCUGCGUCCCUUUUCCCCAUGCUGCCUCGCGCACUGCCGCACGCCUGCACUGCACCGCCUUUUCGCCCGCACAGGCCUCGGAAAUAAAGCCGUCGCCCUCCGCGCCGUUGGGGUCGUCAUAACUGAGAGCUCACGAGGGCGCUCCGGCCCAGAUUACACUAGUCCAUUCUUCCAGCAGCAGAGGAAGCACAGCCUGCCUCUCCCGUCUCCUCUGCUUCCGCGCACCGCGCGCACUCACCGUCGCGGCUCCGGCGGCCGGCGGCUGCCAUGGCGACGGCGGCUCCGGCAGCGGCGGACUGCCGGCUGGUGCGCACCGUGCUCGCGGCAGCGCUGUCGAGGACCACCGCCGCCUUCCUCUUCCUCUCCGUCGUCGCCGUCGGGGUGGUCGUCUCCGGCCGCUGGAUCACCGCCGCCACCACCGCUGGACCCCUGACGCGCCUCCCCAUCACCGCGGCCAUUCCCGCCGCCGCCGCCGUACUCCACCACCCCGAAACGCAACAGCUACAACCGCCGCACCCGUCCACACCACCAGCGCCUCCUCCCCCUUCCCGACCAACACCACCUCCCUCCUACUCCCUCUCCUGCCCCAGCCUCAACCUCUCCAACCCCGCCAAAGCGCCCAAAACCUCCCAAACCCUCGCGCGCGCUCUCUCCUCUCCCUCCAUCUGCCCGGCCUCCCCGAGCCCGCCCCCGCCCUCCCCCUCCGCCGCCGGCUCGCCAUCCUCCAACAACUCGUGCCCGUCCUACUUCCGCUUCAUCCACGAGGACCUCCGCCCAUGGCGCGCCGCGGGCGGUAUCACGCGCGCCAUGCUCGACCGCGCCCGCCUCACCGCCACCUUCCGCCUCGUCGUGCUCGGGGGCCGCGCCUACGUCCAUCGGUUGCGCCCGGCGUUCCAGACCCGGGACCUAUUCACCAUCUGGGGCGUCCUCCAGCUUCUCCGUCGCUACCCCGGCCGCGUCCCCGAUCUCGACCUCAUGUUCGACACCGUCGACUGGCCCAUCGUCCGCGCCCACCUCUACCGCGGGAAGUACGCCGAGAUGUUGCCACCGCUGUUCCGCUACUGCGGGGAUGAUAAAACACUGGAUAUCGUCUUCCCGGAUUGGUCGUUCUGGGGAUGGCCGGAGAUCAACAUAAAGCCAUGGGAUGCCCUGCAGGAGGACUUGAAGGAUGGUAAUAACAGAGUGAGAUGGAUGGAUAGAGAGCCUUAUGCUUACUGGAAAGGGAAUCCAUCAGUUUCUGCGACACGUAAGGAACUGGUUAAGUGUAAUGUCUCUAGUACACAUGAUUGGAACGCAAGGAUUUACGCUCAGGACUGGUUCAAGGAGAGCAAGGCAGGAUAUAAGGACUCAGAUUUGAGUAGUCAGUGUGCUCACAGGUACAAGAUCUAUAUUGAAGGAUCAGCAUGGUCCAUCAGUGAGAAAUAUAUACUAGCAUGUGAUUCAAUGACCCUGUUGGUUACACCAAGAUACUAUGAUUUCUUUUCAAGGUCACUUAUGCCAACUCAGCAUUAUUGGCCUGUUCGGGAUGACAAUAAAUGUGCCUCCAUAAAAUAUGCUGUUGAUUGGGGCAACUCUCACAAGCAAAUGGCACAGCACAUAGGAAAGCAAGCAAGUAAUUUCAUUCAAGAAGAGCUCAAUAUGGACCAUGUUUAUGACUACAUGCUUCAUCUUCUAACUGAAUAUGCCAAGCUCCUAAAAUUCAAGCCCACUAAGCCACCUGAAGCUGUUGAGGUCUGUUCAGAGUCUUUGGUCUGCCAAGCUGAAGGUCUCGAGAAGAAGUUUCUUGUGGAAUCCAUGGUGAAGUUUGCCCGUGAUGCAGGCCCAUGUGAUCUGCCUCCUCCUUUCGACCCUCAUGAGCUAAAGUUGCUAAAGCAGAGGAAAGAAAAUUCAAUAAAGCAGAUUCAAAUGUGGGAGCAAAGAGAUUUAGGGGCUUAGAUAACGAGUUUUGAUCCAUUUGCCUUUUUUCUUUCAAUCACAGGCACACAUAAGGCCUAAUUUGGAAUGAAGGGGGAGGCAAACCCCAGGGAUGGAAAGCCCACCAUGGAGAAAUGGAUUAUUCAAAUGACAUCCCCAUGGAUUGCUCACCCUGGGAAAAGUCAGAGAUCCCAAGGAGAUAUGUGUUUCCAAACUAGCCCUAAUUGGUGUCUUAUAAUUUGGAAUGGGAGGAGUAUGAUCUAACUUAGUGUCAUUGAGGUGCGACCAAAUACCAAUUAUUCAUUGGCUGAAAUCAAUGUAGAAUAAUCUAGAUAAAUUGAGCAAAUAUUCAUUCCUUAGGUAUUUUUUUCUUAUAAAAAAAUGGUUAGCUACUUAGCUAUAACCAUUUUUCUGUAUUAAAUUUUGUUUUUAUUCGCUUCUUUGUAAAGCAACUGUAAAUGUUACACAGAAACAGUUCAAUAACAAUUAUGCAGAAUAUAUAAUUCUUAGCCAAUAUCCACUUCCUCAUUGAGAUUGGAUGUCAUAGAUAUCUGUGCUUGGUGUUCUUGUACCGUGGAGAGUUUGAUGGAGCAUGUUGAGGGUAUCCUCUGGGAGUUUAACGCAUGACCUCCAACUAAUUAAAUUUACUUGAGAUGCUCUCUUUCACUGGUCACUGAUUCACUGGCAUGAAAAUUCUUGAAUCGAUGGUACUCUGAUAGACAAUGCAAAAGAAUGUGGUGCCUAGUGAAUAUUUCUGGUCCAUUUAUGAUUUGCAUCACUGGGGAGUUCCGAAGCCUGUGUCAGUUUCUUAAGAGUCAAUCCAAUUCAGCAUUUUUCUGUGUUGAACAGGCAGCAAUGCAUUGUUUUCUUUGUGUUGAUGUCAGGUAAAGGUUGUUACUACUAGAUUUCUUUGAGUUCUUCCAUAUAUCAAGUAUCUGAACUUGCCUUGCUUAUGGCUUUGGUUGGAGUGAGAGCUGAAAAUCUCACCUUGGUGUCCACGCCUACAGUCCAUUGUGGAAAAAGGGCCUAUGCAGCAUGACUAUUUUCUCAACAGUCAACAAGCUUAUAGUCAAUGGAGUAAAAAGAGACUAUGGGAGAAAUCAGAAGCCUAAUUUCUUUGAGAAUUCUUCAUUAGUCCCCCAAGUUUGAUGUCAUCAGUAUUUCUUUCACCUUUUACUGUUCUGUUUGCUCCUUUAUCCAUUACAUUGCGUCCAGACUGCAUCCAGGUUCUUGUAGUCGUAGACAUUAUCAAUUUGUAGCUACAGUGACAUGGUCAAGAUCAUGACGUCAGUUACUCUAUCCGCUCCAAGUUAGGUCACUUUCUUUGUCCGAAUUGGCUAACAUCUGUAAGCUCAAACAAAUGUCCUGUCAGGAAAUGUUUCAAGAUGGGUCUAAUGAAUCUAAUUUUGUUGUUA